GCUUGGAGGCGGAGCUUGGAGGCGGGACCGGCGGCGGCUCCAUCGCUGCUGGAGCUCCGGCGGCCCCGGACCAUGGAGAGCCCGGUGGGCAGCGGCUCCGUGCGGGGCGAGAUCGGUUUCUGGGCCGAUCGGACACCGGUUCAUGAGGCAGCCAGGCGGGGAGAAAUCCUGCAGCUUCAGCAGCUGAUCGAGAGCGGAGCCUGCGUCAACGCUGUCACCUAUGACUCGAUCACCCCCUUGCACGAGGCGAGCCUGCGAGGACAAACGCAGUGUGUCAAGCUUCUGCUGGCAGCAGGGGCCCAGGUGGAUGCCAGGAACAUCGAUGGUAGCACUCCGCUCUGCGACGCCUGUGCCUCGGGGAGCAUCGAGUGUGUGAAAGUGCUGCUAUCCCACGGUGCCAAGGUGAACCCUCCCCUUUACACAGCGUCUCCUCUCCACGAAGCCUGCAUGAAUGGUAGCUCAGAGUGCGUGCAACUCCUCAUCGAUGUCGGUGCAAACUUGGAAGCUCAUGAUUGCCACUUUGGGACUCCUCUCCACGUGGCCUGUGCCAGGGAGCAUCUGGACUGUGCGAAGGUUCUGCUCAAGGCAGGAGCAAACGUGAACGCUGCUAAACUUCACGAGACAGCCCUCCACCACGCAGCAAAAGUGAAAAACGUAGACCUGGUGGAGAUGCUGAUUGAAUUUGGAGGAAAUAUUUACGCGAGGGACAACCGAGGAAAGAAGCCAUCAGAUUACACCUGGAGCAGCAGUCCCACAGCAAAGUGCUUCGAGUAUUAUGAAAAAACACCUCUGAGCUUGUCGCAGCUCUGCAGAGUUACGGUGAGGAAAGCCGCCGGGCAGCGAGCGCUGGAGAAGAUUGCCAAGCUAAAUAUUCCUUCGCGAUUAAUCCAGUACCUGUCCUACAACUGACAGGGCUGAAGGUGACCAGGAAGGAUGAUAUCUUUAGCUCCCGCAGUAUGAAGUAUCGGUUUCUUUCUCUUCUACCUCCCGCCACAUGUUUUAAUUUAAGCCAACUGAUGUAAAUAGUAUUUAUGAAGCAGAACUUCCCUUCUCUGUGGGCAAAGAGAAGCUCAGGCAAUUCGUAGCUCUGGCUUGAAGCUGUAACCUCUCCUGGGGGGAUCUGCGAGGCUGUUGCUGCGCUAGAGGCUCUUUGAACAGCAUUAACCUUGCCUAAUUUUAUUUGUCUGUAGCCUCAAGGCAUCUCCGUAUGAUCCGACCAAGCUCCCUUUGCAGUCAGUGGAGAGAAAUAGAUCCUUCUGGAGUGUGAUUCAUCUGUCCUGUUUUAGAUGCCCAUGCUGGGAUAAUACGGCACGCUUGGGAGCGCCUGUCUCCGCUGCUUGCAAAGGGAUUUAGAGGUGAUACCCUUGGCUAUGGACAUCUAGUUUCUGUACUGAGAACGCUGGGUCCCACCUCUGUGUUAAUAACUCAGUUGGCGACUGCCUAAAGCUGAGGGACAAGGCUUGAGAGACCUAUGUGCUCCAGUUGGAGGCAAAUUAAGUCCCCACAAGCAAAUUAAGUCCCCAGCAAGCUCAGGACUAAUUAGAGUUACUGACUUUCUGUGAACAUUGGCAGGUUUGGCUCAGCACCAGCAGUGAGGACAAACUGCUACCACAUCAGUGUUGACUUUCCAUGCCCCGUCCUUGCUAAAGGUGAGCCAACUCUUACUGUAGUGUUCCUCUAGGGUAUCACCAUGUCUAAUUUUCAAGCCCAAGCAGGAAGCAGGUCUCUCUGCGUGGCCAAGGAUGCUUCCCUCCACGUGGCUGGUCCCAAAGAAUAAUUUUUCCACUUGCUCUGAGCCGCUGUGGCCACUCUUUUGGUUUUAGGUGCAAUAAGUGGCAGAGCUGCUGCCUAGUGGUGCCUGAAGGAUGGCGAGGACACGUCCCUUGGGUAGUGCAGCAGAUCCCUGCAGUGUAUUACACACGUGAAGGCAAGAGGAGACCUUGAGUUUUGAGAUUUUGUAGUUUAUUUCCCCCUCUCUGAGUUUCUCUCUCAGUGCUGGAGCCUCUCCAGAGCUUGGCAGCGGGAGGCAGGCCUGAGCUUUGCGCUGCUGAGCGUUGUGUUCGAAUCCUUUGGCCUCAGCAGGUGUGACUGGAGUGAUUUAAACCUUCAGGGUGACAUUGGUAUGAGCAGAGCCAAAAUCGUCGUCUGCCUUCCAGAGGAGACAUUACGUGCUGUCUGCAGGCAGCAACCUACGGUAACACAAGGGGAUGGAGCUCCCUGAUGCCCCCAUGGCAACUCUUAGCACUGGGAUGAGAACAAAUUCCUCCUCUGAAUGACAGGCAAGGUUAGGAAGACCGUUCUGCUGUGUCAUCGAGCUGACUUGGGGCUCUCAACAUCCUUCAUGCUGUGAAGAAGACGCACGAUGGCUUCCCUGCUGCCUGCCAGCUCCCAUAUCCGCCUCGAUGGGGCUCAGCCUUGUGAGAGAGGGGAAAAAAGCCCAAGCACAGGAUCAAAGAGCAGAGGUGGAACUGAAUGCACUUUAAUGGUGACUAGCAAGCCACUUUGUUUUGUGUUUUUUGUCCCCUCGCAAGUCCCUGUGUUGUUCUUUUUAUCCUGCUGUGCCGUAUCCUCGAGAUGAACAGAAGAAAGUGUGCAAUCCUGCUUUUUGAGGCAUUGUCUGGUUUAUAGUUCUCGUUUUUGUCUUUCAAGUAGCAAAACGUGAAAUUGCCAAGAAGCUCAGGGAAGCCCUAGAGAUGUUGAGUGUGGGAUUCAUCCCUGUGAUUGCUAGGAUAAAGGUUUUGUAUUGUAUCCUUCAAUAAAAGCUUCCUCUGCCCAACAUGCAUGUCCUUACAGAUAAAUAUGUGUUAGGAAAGUGCACCCUUUGGCAAUUUGGGGUGAAAUCCUUCCCUUUUGGUUCAAAUGCCUUGCUAGGGUGCUUUUUUUAACUAAAAGCUGGUGAACUAGUGAAAUGCUAAAGUCCCAAGUUUCCGAUGUGAAACCAAAAGACUCCUCAAACCACUGAGAAUAAAAUUACA